AUGUCCCCAUCAAAACUCGUUCCAACCCAAAGCCCUGCUGAUCUAGGGACCACCACGAUGGCUCCAUCUGCCUCUGUCCAAACAACUUUUACCAAGGCUGCCUAUGUGGGGGAUGUCUCCGCACUCGCCCUUUUGCCUUGGCCCUCCCUUACCUCCCUCCGCUAUAAAUCGCGCCGCACACAGCCUGGCGCCGCUGCCUCUCACGAAGAGUCGUGUGCACAGCGCGGGGGAGAGGAGAAGGAGGAGGCGGGCCAAGCAGCGGCGCACGAGGAGCGGGCUGACCGGCACAGCGAGCAAUGCGCGGACGCCCAUAAACGCGCGGGCGCCCAUAAAUGCGCGGGCGCCGAUAAAUGCGCGGACGUCCAUGCGUUCGACCACCAUGCGUCCGCUCUUGUGCUCGCAGUUCGCUGCUCUCCCCCGUCCAUUUUCCUCCUUCAAACCCUCCCGCUCCCUCUCUGCCCCCUCUUGCCCCUUCACCACUCCCGUUCCCCCCCGCCCCCGCCAGCCAUGGGUCCCACGCUGCGCUGCUACCACCUGCCGUCGGGGCGGCUGCUGGCAGCCGUUGAUGUGUUUGACGGCGUGCGCAUCCACGGGAUCGUGCCACGUGGCAGCAGAGGAGUGGGCGGCGCUGUAUGGACCCGCGAGGGUGAGGGUGAGGGCGAGGGCGAGGGGAGGGGGGAAGCAGCAGCAACGGUGGUGGUGGUGCAUGGGGAGAGGCGGGUGAAACUGGUGGUGCUGACGGUGCAGCAAGCAGCACAGGUGGCGGCGACAGUGACAGUGCAGCAGCAGCAGCAGGGCGUGGGGGAGCGGAGAGAGACAGCGGAGCAGGGGGGUGUGGGGCAGGGGGUGGGUGGGGGGGUGAAGCAGGGAGGCGAGGGGGGGCAGGGUGGGGGAGUGCGGAUGGCGGUGGGUGCAUGUGUGGUGUGCAGGGACCACUGGGCGGGCGUGCUGGCGGUGGGGCUGAGUGACAACAGCGUCGAGCUGUGGGCCACAGCAGCCGUUGGAUCGGACAGGACGUGCGGCCAGGAUGGCACCGCGGACUUCUCUCUGAGGCUGCUGCGCUCUGUGGCUUGCUCAGACCGCAGUCUGCUGUACGCCAUGCGCCUGCACUGGCAUGCGCCCUCCUCAUGCCUGCAUGUGGCGGCCGGCACCAUCUUCAACCAGUGCGCACCCCUGCAUCUCCCUUACCGUCUGCCCUCACCUCAUUACUUACCCCAUCUGCCUGCAGCUGCUGCUCUGGACUGUGCCCCUCCACGCCUCUGCUUGCUGCGCCACUCUGGGCGUGCACGCGUGUGGCGUGUGACCAUGCCGGCCAAGGCACCACACACACCACAGGCGGGGGGCUGUGAGGAGCAGUCGUGCUGCGGUGGGGAGGGGACACGCACGGUGGAGUGUGGUGCAGCGCACAGGGAGCUGUUCGGCCACGGGGCUCGCCUCUGGGAUGCGCAUCUCGACUCUCAGGUGGCAGUGACGGUGAGUGAGGACUGCACGGCGCGCGUGUGGUGCAUCCAAGAUGGCCGCCUGCUCGCCCUCAUCCCCGCACAUCAGGGGCGGGGCAUAUGGCGGUGUGUGGUGCACCCCCCCACGCGCACGCUCAUCACAGGGGGGGCGGACGCCGCCAUCAACCUGCACGCCCUCCCCGCCCUGCCCUCCCCCCUGCCCUCCCCCCUGCCCGCCCCACGCGCCCUCCCCUCCACCGUGCGCCCUGCCCUGUCAUGGCACCCCCCUCUGGACGCGCUGCGGCUGCGCGUCACGCCCACGGGCGCCCUCACAGGCCACAGCAUCGCUGUCACCAGUGCUGCUGCCGCCGCUGGCGCUGUGACAGAGGGGGAGGCAGGGGUGGAUGGGGACACUGGUCGCAAGGAUAGGCAUGUCUUCACCACGGACCCAGCGGGCGGCGUUGUUUGGUGGCACUUGGACGACACUGCACCGCCACCUGCCCCCUCCACCUGCCCUCUCUCACUUGACACUGUUCAAUUGUCUGGGCGGCAGCUGCCGGCCACAGCAGUGGCAAGGAUCCAAUCACCAAGGGGCGCGCGGGUGGUGUGCGUGGAUGCAUGCCCUCACAGCAAGCUGCUGGCACUGGGCGACCAGAGGGGCCACCUCUACCUCUACCGCUUCUCCCUCGCCGCCCCUGCUGCCAGCCGCCCAGUGGCGGACUGCCACGUGGCAGCAGUGCUCAAGGGGGCACACGGCAUAUCGGCAGUGGCGAGUGUGGCAAUAGAGGGCGCAGCAGGCAUGGGCGCCGCUGCAGCGUCGCUUGGCUUCACUGCUCUCAUCCACACGACCGGCAGGGACGGUUGCAUCUGCACCUUUGCCCUGCGCGCCCCACCGCCACCCCCACCGCUUGCCCCUAGCUCCGGACCACCUCCCGGCCCUGCCAGCACAGCAGCUGCCGGUGCGGGCGCCGUGGGGCACACGGGCACGGGCAGGGCGUGCUUGCCAGGGAGUGAGGGGGCUGUGGCUGACACGGCCAUGGUCUGUGCGCCUGGCACUGAGGGGGGCCACGCAGGCGUGCAGCAAGGGGGGGGGCAGCAGGGCGGGGUGGUGUGCGUGGGGGUGCAGCGAGCAGGGGAGGUGGGCAUGGUGGAGCGCGUGGUGCGGGUGAGGGGCGGGGGAGCAGGGCGCAGGGAAGGCAGGGUGGCGGUGGGGUUUGCAGCAGCGGACUUUGUGGUGUGGAGUGUGGACGAGCAGGCAGAGGUGGCGCGCAUAGCAUGUGGGGGAUGGCGCCGCCCGCACUCGUUCCUCAUCGACACCAACUCCAUGGGGUCCUUCGCCUUUGCCUUCCUCAAGGGCAACCAUGUGCACGUCCACCGCACCACUGCAGCUGCCGCCGCACACGCCGCCCUGCCCUCCCCACACACACCUCCACCCACGCCCCCAUCCUCUCUGCAUCCCACCUUCCACGGCCGUGAGAUGCACUCUCUUGCCCUCCUGCCUCUGCCCCAUCGCCCCUCGCCCCGCACCCGCACCCCCUCCUCCUCCUGCCCCUCCCCGCCCUGCGCCUCGCUGCUGCUCUCCGCGGCUGAGGAUGGCUGCCUGCGUGCCUCCCUGUAUGACGCCUCAGGGGAGGGGAGCGGGGGGGUGCUGGAAGGCAGUGAGCGGGUGGGCGAGCAUGUGGGGGGCAGCGCCAUCAGAGCCAUUACCACGUGCGCUGCUGAGGGCAGCAGCACCUGUUAUGGGGGUGCUGGUGGGGAUGGUGCCCCCUCGUCAUGGCUGGUGUUCACAGCUGGUGCCCGUGAGGUGCUCAUGUGCUGGUUGCUGCUCUGCCCAGACCCGCCCCCCCUGCCUGCUGCCCCGUGCCAUGGCCCCGCCCGCCCUUCCACAUGCGCUGGGCAGCAGGGAGGGCAGGGGGAGGUGCAGACGGAGGGGGAGCAGCAGCGGGUCGGGAGGGAGGAGGUAGGAAGCAGAGGGGAGGGAUGGGAAAUUGUGUUUUUGAAAGGGAUGCAAGGAGUGGGUGGAGCAGCAGAGACAAGAGGGGGGGAUGGAGGAAUGGAUGAGCAACAAGUUUUGUCAUUUUGGUUGAGUACGCACAGGCCCAGUAAAAGGAAAGUGGUGCAGUGUGGUUCCAGCAGCAGCGGUGGCGGUGGUGUGGAGGAUGAUGUGCGGUACCUGAGCGCCACGGCAUUCUCCUUGGGCAGCUUCUCCCAACGCUCGCUGGUGGCGGUGGUAGCAGCGGCCACAUCAGACGCGCAGCUGCACCUGCUGGCCUUCCACGCGCCCUCCCUCUCCUGGCACCGCCUCGCCUCCCUCCACCACCACUCCUGCCCCGUCCUCUCCCUCCACCACCUCCUCCUCCCCUCCCCCCAUGCCCACACUACCACCUCCCCCUCGCGUGCUGCCCCCACCACUGCCCCCACCGCUGCCCCCUCGCUGCGUGCUCUACCGCGCUGCCUGAUCACCAGCGGAGCCACGGACGGCGCUGUUGUGCUCUGGGAUGUCACCGCCCCUGUCACCCACUUCCUGCACGCCACGUGGCAUGCUGCCUCGCAUCCCCCCCCACUCUUUCCCUCAUCAUUAUCAAUAGCACCAGCAUCAGCGUCAUCUGUGGCAGCAGGGGGGGGCAGCUCAGGGGCAGUGCGGCCGGUGAGUGGGCGGGGCAGUGAGGGGGGGCAGCGCAGGAGGAAUGCACGCUGGCACUUGCAGGGCAGGGGGAAGGGGCACAGGCAGGGCGGAGGGCAGAAGCAAGGGCAGGGGGGAGAGAGGUCUGGUGGCAGCGAGGUUGGGGAGCAAAAAUGGCUGGAGGAGGAGCGGCAGAUGGGUGUGCAAAAGGCGGGAGGGGAGGAGGCAGAGCGAGAAGGUGAGGGACGGAGCAAUGUUGAUUCUCAACAGAAGGCUGUUGGGACAGUGGGGGGCCGGGGGGAUCAGGGAGGAGCAGGGGAGGGGGAGGAGAGAGGCGAGGGGAAGGAGAGAGGCGGGCGGGAGGAAGGUUCAGAAGGCAAGGGAGGUGAGGAGGGGCAGCGAGGAAGUGCAGAGGCGCAGGGGUGGGCGGGUGUGGAGGUGGGUCCGCUGUGCGUGGUGAGGGGCGCCCACCAGUCUGGCGUCAACUGCAUUGCCGCUGCUGCCACCGCCACAGCAGGGAGGGGCCACUGGCAGGGGCAAGAAACGCGAGCGGAUGGGGGGGAUGGGGGGAAUGGGGGGAAUGGGGGGGAUGGGGUCGAUGGGGUGGAAGACGGCGGGGUGAGGGGCGUGGGGGCGGCACAAGUUGUGGUGGUGAGUGGUGGGGAUGACGAGGCGGUGCAUGCUGUGGUGCUGCACCUGGACGGCAUGGGCGCCGAGCACAGCGUGCACACAGCACGUUCCGAGGGGCUGGGCGCAGAGGAGGGGGGAAGGGAGGGGAGGGGAAUGGUGGCUCGAGUGGUGGCACAGACAUGUGAACCCAAUGCUCACUCUGCUGCUGUCAAAGGCAUCUGGACGGAUGGGCAGGCGGUGCUGUCUGUGGGGCUGGACCAGCGCCUGCGCUGCUGGUCCCUCCCCUCCAAUCACCACGCGCCACGUGGCGAGGCAGGCGGUGCCGAGGCAGCUGCAGAAGGGAGAUGCAGCGAGGAGGAGCGGAGGGGCGAGAGGGGGUGUGCAGGAGAGGAGGGAGGGGAGGCUGGGGAGGGGAGCAGGUUGGAUGCGGGGGAGGUGGCGUGUGGGGCUGAGGAGGCAGGGGCGCCUGUAGAUGGGAUGAGGGAGGGUGGGAUGCGGUUGGAGGGCAAGGGGCGGUGUGUGGUGGAUGUGCCCGAGGCAGAGGGGCUGGCGGUGAUGGGUCAAGGCGAGGGCAGGUACCUGGCAGCGGUGUGUGGGCGAGGCAUGCAGCUCAUUCACUGCACGGAGUCGGCGCCUUGA